AUGUCCGUGCUUCCACAAACCAGUAGCCCAAAAACAACAACUACAAAAACCCAGAGGGAGACUCUGGAUGAACCAAAGAUGGAAACAGCACAAAGAAAGAAGGUUCGUUUUCAUGGAAGAAUCAAGCGCCGCAACAUCCACUACAUCCCCGAACAGGAACAUGUGAAUGUCUGGUACAAAUCUACAGACUACGCUGAGGCUCGCAAACGAGAAAGUUUGCUGCGGCAAUGCGUCUCUACUAACAAUGAGCUCUACUGCAAGAGUAGAGAAAACUUGAACGCUCAGGGAAUUUUCACACACGAGCAAGCUUUGAAAAGGGAUGCUGCAAUCGAAGCAUCCAUCAUGGCUGUCAUCAAAGAGCAAGAGAGACAAGAAAGCGCAUUCUAUGAUGUCAACAAGUGCGGACAUUUCUCUAUCAACGCAAACAUGAUUGCCCAAUCAUACCGCUCUUACGCAAAAGAAUCUUUGGAAAAAGCACAAAACCGAGCUGCUCGCCAUGAAAAGCAUGUCCAAGACAUUGCUUGCAAACCUGAAAGUCCAUCGUCACCAUGUUCUCCUUCUCGCUUCAUGAAAAAUAUUCCUACCCAAAGAUCGGGCAAGUCUUUUUCUCGAUCAGGUAUGCAAAUUCCAAGUCCGUCUUUACUCGUCAUGCAUGAGCAGGGAUUUUCGCCGGAGGUCACCACUCCUGCUGCUUGA